UUCAAUUUGAAAGGAAAAAUCGAUUGUUUUAAAAACGAAAGAAUAUUUUUGGUUGUUGUUCUUACAGCCAAUAAUACAUGCAUACAAAAUCUUUCAUUAAACUAUUAAAGUUAUUGUGACAAUUUAUGUUAAUUAUAAAGCAACACAUUAUAUUUACACACACAGUUCGUUUACUAUUACCAAAACAUAAAAACAUUUUGUGAUCGGGAGUGUAUUUUUUGUUAUCUGGUUACUUAAUUUGAACAAUUGAACGAUGAAGCAGUAUUAAAUGAGAAAAGCUUUUAACAAAAAAAAAACUGCUCUUAGAGUAGCUGGCAUUUUUAAAGUAAUGCUGAUGGGAGAUCAAAGCUAUAAAAGAAAUUCAGAAAUGCUAGACUCGAUAGAAAAUCAGUUACGUGAAGCAGAAGCAAAGCAUUCAGAUAUAGAAAGAGCGCAUAAAGAAACACUAAUUCAGAUUCGAAAUUUUACUAUCAGCGGAAAUUGUGAUGAUGAAUACAUUGAGAACUUGCAGUCCAAGGCCAGAGAAUUGGAGAAAAAGGUUGCCUUGGAAACAGUUCGAUGUGAGGAGUUGCAGUUAGAACUGUCUGCUGCCAUGAAAUCAAAAUUAUCUCAUCAUCAAACAAUGCAAUUUUCUAAUCCUCCACCAACAUCUACAAACGCAUCCGUUAAAUGGGCUCCAGCAGUGAACGAAGAUCAAAAUUUGGAGGUAGAAUCUAUAAUGGCAAAAAUUGAACAAGAUAAUAGAGUUUUAGCUGAGCUUGAGGAACCAAGAACAUCUGGGAUAACGUUGGAUUCUAACUCGCACUUUACAUCCAUGGGGACCACUGACUACAAGACUUUUUCAAAGAAUGCAACAUCAUCUGCAUUAACGGAAAUCAACGUUACCACAAAUACAAAUACAACAAAUGGAUUGAGCACUGGUAAUGGGUUGCUAUCUAUGAACCCAAUGAAUAUUCCAUCAAAUUUAAGUAGCAAUAUUUAUCAAACUUCAAAUACUUCCACAUAUCCCGGGACCUCUUGCGCUGACAAGGUGCUAAUUGGACCUGUAGGAAUUAACAUGAGCUCACAUUCACCAAGUGUCUACUCCUUAAAACACAUACCAUCCCUAAGUCAGCGAGGAACAAUACAACUAUACAAUUUGCAAAGCACAACAAUGCCCAUGAUGUCACUCCAUUGUGCACAUCCAGCUUCAUCAAGCAGCUACAGUUUAGGUCUAAGUGGUAUAUCAGUAACAUCUUCUUAUAUGCAUCCGAAUAUCAGUAGUGUUGUAGAUACCAGUGCCAUUUUGGGAAACAGUCUAAGCUCGACAGUGGCACCUACUGGUUCAGCGUCAUACGGCAUUACAGGAGUGAUACCUGGGCUAAAUAAUACAUACUCUCCACCGUUUCUUGAGUCAGGAGCACCAUUGCUUCCAUACUCCAGCACAAUUCGAAGUUCAAAACCAAAAUUACUAGAUGAAGUUGACUUCUCCGUAAUACGUUAUGGUAACCGAAGUUCACCCUGCUCACCGAUUCCAGCACUAAGUAACUGGGGCUUCGAUGACUACAUUGAAAACAUGAAUUCCAAUUUAAUGCAUUCCCAGCGCGGCAUUGGAUUAGGAUCAACAAUAGAUAUCGAAACACAUGGGAACAUUUUGAAUGGUUCUUCCGAACCUCAAGUAGAUAUGUUGGAUAUACCGGGAAAAGGAAGAUGUUGUGUAUUUAUUUCAAGGUUUCCUUAUGACCCUCCAGAGUAAGUUGACUAGAAUCUGAUUAAAUCAAGAAUAUGCAUGUUUUAAAAAAAUGUGGAAUCAAGGAAUAGAUAUAAAUAACUUUUUCGUGACGUUUCGUUUAUGUCUGUAAACAUGAUCAAAUGAUUUUUUUAUUUGCAGUAA